AGGUACCUGCCACGAGAAGACCCUGGAACUUUUGAGACAGUCGAGACAACUUGCUUUAGACAAGUAUCCCGCUGGUGAUCACAGCGACAACUCCAAUCACACACGUGCGGCGACUUCCAACGUGUCAAAGCGGUCCUUCUCAAUUCGCCCAUUUUGCGACUCGCCCGGAGCGCGCAUCUUCGCAAUUGAGCCUGCCCCCGUCCCAGAGCCGCCAUCCACACUCUACACGGCAACGCCAAUUGGACUCGGACUGAACGGAGAACGAAGACGCGCAACACCAUCAUGAGGUCCUUCCUCUCUCUGGCAGCUGUGCUGCUUGCAGCCGUCGCCAAUGCGGCCAGCUUCAGCGGCGACAGACUACUGGUCAUCCUCGAGGACGCCGCAGAGAAGGCCGCUUACUCCAAGUUCCUGGCCGACCUCGAGGGUCGCGGGUUUGAUAUCGUAUACGAGAGCCCAAAGAGCGAGGGUCUCAGCUUGUUCCACCUCGGCGAGAAGUCGUACGACCACAUCUUGCUGUUGCCGACCAAGUCGAAGGGCCUCGGUCCCAACCUUACACCCAACGCCCUCUCUCAGUUCAUGAACGCGAAGGGCAAUAUCCUCGUCGCACUCACUUCCUCUACACCUGCGUCGACAUCGGUAGUCUCCCUACUCAACGAGCUUGACAUCAGUCUCCCAGCCGAGCGCACCGGUCUCGUUGUCGACCACUUCAACUACGACAGCACCUCCGCCGCGGAGCAGCACGAAGUUUUGCUCCUGCCCGCCCCCGGAUCGUCACGCGCCGGAGUCAAGGAUCUCUUUAGCCCGGCCGCACCCAACGGCGAGCUCAUCGCGUUCCCCAACACCGUCGGCCAGACCCUUGGCUCGGGAGCUUUGCUCGCUCCCAUCCUACGUGCUCCUUCGACAGCCUACAGCUACAACCCUAAGGAGGAGAGCGAGGUUGUCGAAGACCUCUUCGCUAGCGGCCAACAAUUGUCUCUGGUCACUACUUUCCAGGCCCGCAACUCGGCUCGCUUCGCCGUCAUUGGCUCUGCCGAGUCGCUGACCGACAAGUGGUUCGAUGCCAAGGUCAAGAAGGCCGGCGAGAAGAGCAGCGUCAAGACCCUCAAUCAGGAGUUUGCCAAGCUCGUCUCCGGAUGGGCCUUCAACGAGAUUGGAGUCCUGCGCGUCAACUCGAUCGAGCACCACCUCGAUGAGGCAGGCGCCAGCAACGCCAGCAACCCCAAGAUUUACAGGAUCAAGAACGAUGUGACGUAUUCGAUCUCUCUGUCCGAGUACUCGUGGGACAAGUGGACGCCUUUCACUCUCCCGGAAUCGGACGAGCUGCAGCUCGAGUUCAGCAUGCUGUCCGCGUUCCACCGCCUGAACCUGAACGUCAGCGCCUCGGACGAGUCGAGCACGACCUACAGCACGUCCUUCAAGCUGCCUGACCAGCACGGCAUCUUCAACUUCCUAAUCAACUACAAGCGGCCGUUCCUCAGUAACGUCGAGGAGAAGAACACCGUCUCUGUCCGCCACUUUGCCCAUGACGAGUGGCCUCGCAGCUUCGUCAUCUCGGGCGCCUGGCCCUGGCUCGCCGGCAUCCUCGCCACGACUACCGGCUGGGUUGCCUUCUGCGGCAUCUGGCUGUAUAGCAAGCCCGUGAACAGCGGCAGCGCGUCAGAGAGCAAAAAGUCCCAGUAGACGGGGGGUGCAACUUUCGUGUGUGCAGGAAUUGUGGGUUAUGAUGGAUGGAAUCAUUGGCCUCGUCGUCCGAUUCUGUACCGGACAGAAAUGGGUCAUGUAUCGGCAAGGAUGACAGCCUUGUAUUACAACGAGGACGAGAACGAGAGUUGAAGAGUAAAUAAAAAAGCAACAUCACGUUUCUCCACGUCCUCACGAAAUCUACUGUGCACAUGUACGACUGGCAAUAUUGGGCCGCUCGUGGUCUAAAUCGUAGCCGUUGUGACUGUGUAACACAGAGAAUCGCCUGCCUGCUUUCUUUCGGCAAUAUGGCACGUGUACGGUGCGUGUCUGUGGUUCAACAAUGGCAGAUAGAUUAACCUUUCGCGAGUAACUGA